UUCUUUUGACAAAUCAUAGUUUCCAUCACUUGUCAAAGGUUGAUUUCACCGGGAAUUUAGACAAGUCUGCCAAAAUAUAUACAUAAAAAAUAUCAGAAAGUAUGAAUUUGUUAAUCACAAAUUUGUAAAUAAGCAAAUUAUAAUUUCUGAUAUUGAGAAAAUAGUUCUUGGCUAUGUCCGCAACGAGAGCUGCAGGUUUGGUCAUAUACAGAAAAAGCAAUGAAUAUAUACAAUUUCUUUUGCUUCAAACAUCUUAUGGCCAACACCAUUGGACUCCACCAAAAGGCCAUGUGGAUCCAGGAGAGUCAGAUUGGGUAACAGCAUUAAGAGAAACAAAAGAAGAAGCUGGACUGUCAGAAAAUGAUUUAGAGAUUCAUCGAGAUGUUACUAAAACUCUUAACUAUGCAGUGAAUGGGAAACCAAAGGCAGUUGUCUACUGGUUGGCUAAAUUAAAAAAUCCAGAACAAAAGAUAACAUUGUCUGAUGAGCAUCAAGAUCUAAAAUGGCUGCAAUUGAAAGAAGCACAAGAGAUAUCUGGCUUUGAAGAUAUGAAUAAACUUUUAGAAGAAUUUCAUGUGAAGGCUCUCAAACUUGCUUAGCAAAUAUAUAUUAUUAUAAGUGAUAUUUUUAUUUCCAGUUGUAAUAAAUAAAAUUUAGUGAUGAUCAUA